CUACAUCAGUCACCUUCACACGAGGCUGUAAAGCCAGAGCAAGUCUACCUGCAGCACGUUCCAGCUGUCAAACAAGAGACAAGCUACCAGGUAGACAGAAACACAUGCACUCAACUGCACAUUAAAGCAACACAUAUCAUUAACAUAGGUGACAGCAGUUGAUGUUUCUGAACAUGGUGUUCAUUUUCUCACAUUUAGACCCACUGAGCUGGUGCUUCUUCACACUGUCAUACAGGAUAGAAAACAGUGUGACAGGAGCAUUUCAUUUCAAACUCCUUAAAAGGUUUAUGGAAUGAUUGCACGUUGACAUCUUGAAGGAAGGAAGUUUUUUUUUAUAUACAUAAAAAAGCAAAAAAGAAAGCCUGACUUUUUCUGCAUUUUGGCCUGUUUUCCACCACUGGAGAACCUGACAUCUGCUGUGAGCUGCAUGGGUCAAGGUUUCUACAACAUAUUUUUGCAGAAUGUCUCUUCAAGUUGAAAGGACUGCUAAGCUUUGCAGACCUACAACCAGGAUUCAGUUGCAUAUCAAUUAUGAUACAGCCAGAUGCCACUGAUUACAGAAUGCCAGUUGAUAAAAAGUUGAAGAAAGCAGCAGAUUGCAUCAAGUCUUCAUUUUGGUACAUUCAUUCAUCCUGAGCCAGCAUGCUGUGGUGGAAUCACUCUCUUAACAGGAAAACAUCUUAAAAAAAAACAAGCUUAGGAUGAGUCAACCUGGCCCAGAAUAAGUGACCUAGAUAAACUUUUGCCACCUCUGAGUAAAAUAUGUUUUACCAAAUUAGAAGGAGAUGGAGGGAGUGUUUUAUCCUGCAUUUGAUGAAAUGUAUUUCUGAAGCUAAAAUCACAUUUUCAACUUUUUUCUGUUUAUUUGUAUUUAGUUUAUUCUUCUCUACUCCAGGGUUUACAAGCCCAUACUUCUCCUGCUGUGACAGUUCUGUUAAGUUCUGCCUGUGUGUGCUGUCAGGUGUGCUUUUCCUGCAGUAUGAGGGGGAGACAAAGCAGGUCAUGAUUUCAACUGAAGUCAGCAGCCAAGACACCCUGCAGGCUCUGUUUGUCACUGCCUUUCCCCAUCAGCUCACCAUGAAGAUGCUGCAGCCUCCAAACAUGGCCAUCUGUAUCAAGGACACCAAGUGUAACAUGUACCAUGACCUGGAGGACCUCAGAGACAUAACACCAAAUUCCUGUCUGAAAGCGUAUCAUAAAGACCCUGUCCAUGUGUUCUGCCCCUCUGCCAGGCCUGCCAACUCUGAAGGAAUGCAGAUAUCUAAGGAGGUGCUGUACGGAAGUCACAGUCCGAUCCACAGCAAGCAUUCAUCCGGCCGCAACACCCUGCACAGUUUGCAGGGAUCAAUGUCCCCACUGAUGGUCCGCUCCAUGCCCUCCUCUCCUUCCAGACCGGCUUAUGGUGGAGGUGGCUUCCUCAGAAAAAUAGGAAUGGUAGACCCAGGCGGUACCACAAUUCCACAUGAAUGUCAGCCUGGGCGAGGGCGGUCCAGCACCGUGUUCUCCAGCAGUAGUGCCAUACUGGAGAGAAGGGAUGUAAAGCCUGACGGAGACUUGAGUAAAAGCACAGCCUUGGUGCUGCGUGGAAAUGGUGGAUCACAUUACCCUGAGUACUACCGUUCAGCCUCAGUGGAAGUAGGAAGAGGUCACCACAGCAUUUCCUCCUAUUGUAGCAGUCCUCCCAUGCUAACUGGAGGAACAGCGGAGGUAGGGGUGCUUGGGAUCCCUGGUGGGCUGCAACAGCACCGAGCCUCAAUCAAACCCCUGAUGGUCCAUGGGGAAAGCAACUCUCUUCACAGACAGAAGAACAGGAAGUAUGGAGACAGUCAGAUUCAUUCACUCGGAUACAAAAGUCCUCCGCCCUCCCCUCACAAAGGGAAUGAAGUCAGGAUGUUCAAUGGACAGGUGAUUGGAGGUGCAAGCCAAGUGUCUCCACAGAGUAUGUCACCUAUUCACCGCUCCCUAGAACACAACAGUAGUGGGCUCACAGUGGAUGUAAUAAACAGAAGAGGCUCAUCAUCCUCUACCUCAUCAGUAUUUCUUGACAGUCCUCUGGGUCAACCUGAAACUCUUUUUCCGGCCCAUAUUACUGCUUGUAAUGUCCAAAGUGAGAGAAUGAGAGCCAUGGAAGAGCAGAUAGCCAGUCUAGCAGGACUGGUGCACCACGCUCUGUCCAUGAAGUCAGAUGUUCUAGGACAAAAGGACCUUAUCAGUCAGAGUCCUGAAGACAAACUCCUCAGCAAUCGACUUGAGGCAUUAUCUGAGUCAAAGAUGACUGCUAUGACUGAAAGCUCCAGCCCCACUCCUCUCGCCCUCGGGGUCGCUCCCUUUGAUGGUGGACUGCGACACAACUUGAUGUCUGUGAAGAGACAUAUUUGUGAGCUGCGGCUGCAACUCAGUCAACUCAAGUGUUUACAGCUAGCCAACAUGGAGAGUGUGAGUUCAAUGCUGCGUAUGGCAGGUCCGGAGCUGGUGAUAUUGAUGUGUGAGAAGCUGGCCCAAUUUGAGGAUGCAGCAUACAGACAGAGAGCUGAGAUGGAUGAGGACAGGAUCCGCUACCUCACCUCUGAGGAGAAAAUCCUCACACAGCUUAGUGAACUGGAAGACUUUGUGGAGUGUUUGGAAAGCUCCUCUUCUGUCCAUGGCCAGCCAUCCUUCACACUCAGAGAUGUGGAGGAGGGAGCAGUCAGCCUGCAAAGGCUUGGAGAGGCUCUGGCUGUCCUCAAAGGAGAAUUUCCAGUGCUGCAGGCAAAAAUGCGUUCAGUGCUGAGGCUGGAAGUGGAGGCAGUGCGCUUCCUGAAAGAAGAACCUCACAUGAUGGACUCCAUGUUGAAAAGGGUCAAAGUGCUGACUGAAUCUUUUAGCUCUCUCCGCAGACUUGUGUCCGAUUCAGCACCCUCAGCAAAAUCCGUUCAAGUGGAGCCUCUGAAAGUACACAACCAGGAAAUGGCAAUGACUCAGAGCACACGCAGUUCACCCAAACCACAGCCUCGGCACUCAGUCAAAGCCCCCCCACCCAAGAGCCAGGCUGAGAAUAGUUCAAGAGCCUCAGCCUCCCCCAGCAGAAUGAAGAGCACAGUCACCUCCAAUCAACACAACAGCUCUCCUACGACACCCAGUCAUGGACUAGACUUGAUCAGUGUAGUCAAGAAUACACACAGACCAACUCCAGAGGGCAGUGUGUGUGUAGAUAUCAGGAGUGUAAACCAGUCCAGUACCAGCCAAGACCCCCAGCAGGAGAGUAAUGAUCCCAGUCACAGCCAGUCAGUCCACCUUCAGGAGACACCAAACACUGAUACAAAAUCUAUAGUGGAUGUGCCAGAGUACACUGCCUCAGGAACGAAGUCUCCCUCUGCAUCACCGUCACAGCAGAACACUCCUGUGGAGUUGAUUCAUGGAGCAGAUAUUUCUGAAACCCAGAAAAACACAACUUUAAAGCAAAGUGUUGUUGUGGACUCCAGGGAGAGAAGAAGUUCAAACACAGAUGUUGCUGAUCCACCUGCAGCUGUUUGUCCACCAGCAGAGAGCAGCAGGCGGCCACAGGCGGAGAAACCCCGCCACUCCACUGACAAGAGGCAGGCCAGCAAGUUCCCUCCUCCCCCACAGAGUGUCUCUUCUUCGUUUAGAUCAGGAGAACCAAUCAUCAUCACUUCCAGAGAGACUGAUGGGAUUCAGGUGUCUAAAGAAAUAUCAAAUAUAAUUCAUCUGCCAAGUGGAAAUGGAAAGACACCUCCACCCGUUACCAAAAUGUGUCCCUCUGACAUGGCAAAAUGUGGACAGAGGUUCACUCCUCAGUUUGAACAUCCAAACGUCUCUUCUUUUAAAGCCCAGAUUCCAGGUGUGGUGACAGCGUUUCACAGGGCUAAGAUAACAACAAGUUUAGCCAAGAUGGAGGUUCAGCAAGUGCCUUCCUUAAACUGCACCACGGUGGCGAAGGUGUGGACAGGGGAGAGGGAGCUGCUUACACUUCCAGCCAAACAGACAGAAGAUAUUCUUGUUAUGAACGUGCCUGAUCAGUGUGAGGACGAAGCAGUUGGACAUAUACUCUCCUCAGCUGUGGCUGAAAAGCUUGUAAUUCCUCUAAAAGAACAAAAUCAAAGUCCUAAACAGACAAAUGCAUUUAUCAAGAAUCCUCUUGAUGAGAGGGCGAAUGGAAUGUUGGUUUCAUGUUUACAAAACGAAAAUGUUCAUGAGGAGCGCCGGAUCCAGCUGUCGCCAAGGUUAGGGCCAAAGCAGCUCUGGAGUUCUGCUCACGAACAUGAAACUUCUCCUUCAGUCCCCAAACCGUUCUCCCGUUCGUCUGAUGUCGCCUACGGGCCAAGCAGCACGCAGCAGGAACAAGAUGCAGCUUUACAAGGAUCCAGAGAUCAACCAGCAUGGAGAGAAGGAGGAAGCCUGAUCUUCACAGCUACAGAUGACAGAGCAGCUCUUCUUUCUCCACAGACUCCUGAAUGUAUUCAUAGAAUCCCCCAUACACACAUUAGUUCACAGUUUGGUAAGGAGGAGCCAGGUAAUAUGACUGAUUUUGAAGGCUCUUACAUGGAACAUAUUCAUUGUGGUUUUCAAGAUAAUGAUGAAUCUGAUGAAGACUCUGUGAUAGUUUUCAUAGAGGACCCUGAGCCCUUUUAUGUUCCUCUGUCUACCAUCUUUGAGUGUGAGGAAGAGGAUGAGGAGCUUCUGGCUCACAACAGGACUCUGGAGGAAGAACUAGAUCUGAAAUUAAAAUCUCCCACUGGACCUGAUUCUGACAUCUUAGGAAAUAUGAAGACUUCUCCUCAAUCUGCAUCAUUUUGUGACUCUGUUUCUAAAAUCCAAGGCCUGGAUCAGACAAAUAUGAACAUGAAAAUGUGCUCCAAAAAAAAAUUUAGUAUAAAGUUCCCCAAAAACAAACUGGCUGCCCUCAGCCAGGUAAUCCAAACAGGAACAAACAAAAAAGGGAAAAAGGUUUCUAAAAUAGUUGCACGUGACGAAGAGCAGAAAGCAGGAAACAGACCAGUCACAGAAAGCAAACAGACCAAUGAGGUGAGUCAACAAUUCCUCCCAGACAAUUCCUCUGACAGAGACAUCACUGCAGGUACAAGCCUCUCAAAGUCGUACCCUCGGGUGGAGGAGCUCCGCAAGAACACCUUAGAAUCAAUGAACAGUUUGGAGGAGUCCAUCAAGCAACUGGAACUCAGUGUGGAAAGCAUAAAUCCCUCAUCUGAUGGAGCUCAACUUAAAGGAAGAGUGAAAGAAAACAAGGGCAGAUCUCCCUCCAAAACAGCAGCCAGUCAGACCGUGAAGAGUAAGAGAGUCAGACCACAGCCUCUGCUCAGCUCAACCAGCCAACAGAGCUCCAACACAUCUACUGAGCGGCCCCACAACAAGCUACAGCACGCCCCCUGUGGGUCACCUGAGGGAAGGGCAGAAGUUCUGCAACAGAUCAACAAAAACAGGUAAACAAGAAAAGAAUCCUCUCAAAGUGCUAAAGUAAAAGGAAGCAAACUAUCCAUACUUGAAAGUAGCAUCUUACCGUUUACAGUAACACUUUAUUUGAAGGGGGUGAAUAAGACUGUCAUGACACUGUCAUAAACAUGUCA